UCAUAACUGCUGGUCAAUGUUUACAGUGCUUCCCGCCAAUUAUUUCCUUUUCAUUGAAGAAAAAUGAUAACCUUUUAAAAUAAAUUUACUAUUAAUUUUACGAUGGAAGAUGGCGGCGAGGAGAACCCAAAUGAGUGGCCAGCAGUAUCUAAAGUGGUCCAUGACUGUCAAAUAUAUUAUCAAAAUAAGUUUCCUAUCACUACAACAUUAGCCUGGCUGGCAUACGGGUUACGUGGCAAAGAACUAGCGAACCGAGAGUUCACUUUCAUCAACGCCUGGGGCAAAUGGUAUCGCUUUCAAUUUAUCAAACACCCAAGUGAUUUAAUGAAUGCACUGAAGAUCUUAAGCCCAAUUAAAAUUGAUUUGGGACCAGUCUACAAGAUUCCACGAACACGUACUGACACUCGGAAAACAGCUGCUGCAAACUUCCGAAAUCGCGAUGAAAAGAGAGCCGUAAAGCAUGAACUGGUCUUUGACAUCGAUAUAGAUGUGUACGAUGACGUGAGGAGCUGUUGCCAGGGGCCCCAGAUAUGUCAAGAAUGCUGGAAAUUCAUGGCGAUAGCUUGUGAAAUAAUGGAGAGGACACUGAGGGAGGAUCUCCAACUCAAGCACAUUCUCUGGACGUUCUCUGGUAGACGUGGUAUCCAUGCGUGGGUGUGCGAUGAAUCUGUUCGCUCAUCGAGCUCCAACCAACGGCUUAAGAUCCUCAAUGCCAUACAAAAGGUCAAGAGCCCCAAAGAUUGGUUCAAUGUCAAUUUUUCAACGGAUCUCCCACACCCCAUUAAACGAGCUCUGAAUAUUAUCAAACCCCACUUCGUGGAUAUUGUCGAGAAACAGGGCCUUCUCACAACUCACAUUGACAUAUUCAUGAAGCUACUUCCUGGCGCCAUCAGGACAGCUGUUGAGAUCAUCUUCAAGUCUUGUACAACUCCCCUCCAAAAGUGGAAGGUCUUUGUCGCUUUUAUCCAAUAUCUCAACACCAAAGCUAAGGAAAAAUGCUUUCUUGUCGAAAUGUUUAUGCUGUACACUUGUUAUCCCAAGAUUGAUGGUGGAGUAUCAAUGCAGAUAAAUCAUCUCCUGGGUGCGCCAUUCUCGGUCCAUGCAAAGACUGAGAAAAUUGGUAUUGCAUUUGAUCCCAAGAAAGUCUGGCACUUCGACCUGGCGAAGGUUCCAACUGUCCAUUCAUUGACUGUGCAAUUAUCUGACAGGACUCCAGAGGACAACAUGAUGGUUUUAUUUUAUCAGAAUGCCAUCGAGGUGUUUGAACUCUUUGUCAAGGAGAUGGUGGUCGCCAGGAAGAGGCAGAAGGCAGAAAAAAUAGAGGAUCAAGAGAAUUCUACCGUCAAUUCCGAGCGGACGCAGGCUCUCAGUAUUACGAAUAAAACGCGGGGAAGUCUGUGCCUGGUUGGUCGGCCUUCUACGAGGACUCCUCCCGAGGAGGAUGUCAGGACGCCCGGGGUACCUAAAAAUUCAGCUGAACACGCUGUGCUUGAAUUACGAGCCCUCCGUAUGAAAUUCAUUCCAAAAUUGACGACUAUGUUCCCUCCGUCGAAAAUUCAUCCAAAAUAUAGGAGUGUUAACUGUAUCAAAACUCCAACGACAACUCCUUCGAUGAUACCCUCGAUAAAAUACUCGGUCAUCUCAGAAGCUCCACCCGUGGCAUCUCCUAAUGCCAGCAAGUUGAACACUGAAAAAAUAACUCCACCUGAGGAAAUUUCUCACAAGGCCUCGGUCAUCUCAGAAGCUCCACCAGUGGCAUCUCCUAGUUCCAGCAAGUUAGCCACUGAAAAAAUAAUUCGACUUCGGGAAAUUUCUCGGAAGGCCUUGGCCAUCCCAAAGCCUCCACCAGUCUCUGCAAGUUCUAGCACACGGGCAACUGACAAAAUGAUAAAACUGCAAAAAAUUUCCAAAAAUCUGGAGAAUCCUAAAAAUAAAUCUCACUCAAAAUUGACUACACCCAGUCCCCAGGAAAUUCCCACAUCUCCUCCCACACGAAUGUCUCCAGUUACCAAGAAACGGAGCUCUAGCGAAAUAACUGGAUUUGCAGAAAUUUCCAAAAAAUUCAAGACUGAAAAGGAUGAGUCAGUGAGCAGAAAAUGGAGUGCUGACAAAAUAAUUCGACUCCGCGGAAUUCAAAAACUAACCUUAGGAAAAUCAACAGUAGUCAGACCCAAGGAAAUACCGACACCCCAAAUUUAAAUAAUGGCACCAAUAAAAU